AUGGCAACAAUAUCGAGGCGCGAUGGCCGGACGGCGCGUGAAAUGCGUGGAAAGGAACUCCGCACUUCUGACCUCAGUCAGUUUGACGGUUCGGCGUGGUAUUCACAAGGUCUUACGGCUGUCACUGUUGCAAUUAAUGGACCCACGGCAGCACGGCAGGAAAAUUACCGUCGUUGCACCACAUGCAUCCACGUCAACCGCGCUGCUCGUAUUCCACAGGAAGGUGGCACGGGUCGCCUCAUUAUGAUGGAGCGAAGGGAGCGGGAACGGUGUGAGGAUGGUGAGUUAAAACAAUUUCUCACUUCCCUCGUGGAGGCCAUCGUUUGUUUGGACCGCUUCCCCCGAUGCGUUCUGGAGGCUCACGUUACGGUGUUGAUGGACGAUGGCGCGCUUUUCGCUGUGGCGUCCAAUGCAAUUAUGUGUGCACUACUCGAUGCCGGAGUGCCAUGUCGUUCAACCAUUGCGGCGGUUAGUCUUAUUAUGUGUAAUCCGGAGGCGUCAGGAAAUGAAGGCGAACCGGAGAUUUUUUUGGAUCCGACGGCAGUUGAGGAGUCGACUGAUGAGGUGCGAAGUUAUGCCUCAGCAACAUUUGUACUGACAAAUACCGGCGGUGAGGCCGUUUUGGCAAGUAGGGUUCAGGCGCGACCGCGGUCCUCCGCAUAUAGUCGGCCCAUCACACCAAAGGAUCUGUCAAGAAUGUUCGCGCUUGCAGCAAAAGCAGCAGAAACUCUUUUUGUCUUUUUUAGGAACUGCAGCAUGGCCCUAGAAUGA